UUCCUGUCAGCAGUGAGAGAGCAACAUCAACAGAACACUGACCUCUCUGAGGAGCCAUGGACUACCCUGAAUACAACGAUUUCAACUUUACGGAUCCUCUAGAUUAUAAUUACACAUUUCCAGAUAUUCCUGUCACAUUGUUCCCUGAGAUCCAGCCGAUCCAGAUCGUCUCUCUGGUGCUGUACGCCCUGGUGGUCCUGGUGGGGGUCCCCGGGAACGCCAUCGUGGUGUGGGUGACUGGCUUCUGCAUGCAGCGCUCGGUCACCUCCAUCUGGUUCCUCAACCUGGCCCUGGCCGAUCUGCUGUGCUGCCUCUCGCUGCCCCUCCUCAUGGUCCCUCUGGCGCACGACGACCACUGGCACUUCGGCCCGCUGGCGUGCACGCUGGUCAAGGGCUCGUUCUCCCUGGUGAUGUACUGCAGCGUCCUGCAGCUGGUCCUGAUCAGCGCGGACCGCCUCCUGCUGGUCACCAGGCCCGUCUGGUGUCAGAACAACCGGCGGCCCAGGGCGGCGGCGUACGGCUGCGUGGCCGUGUGGAUCCUGUCCCUGGUGGCCAGCGUCCCCCGGUUUGUUUACGCACGCGAGAUCGCGGCCGGCGGCCACAAGCGCGAGUGCGUGAUGGCGUACACCAGGCGCAGCGUGUGGCCCGUCACCGCCCUCCGCUUCGUGAUGGCCUUCAUCGUCCCCUUCCUGGUCAUCGUGGGGUGCCACCUGGUGGUCUACUGCCGCGCGGAGAGAGGCAUGACGCGCGGGCGCACGCGCUCCAAGCGCACGCUGCGGGUCAUCGUAGCCGUGAUACUGAGCUUCUUCCUGUGCUGGCUGCCUCUGCACAUCGUGGACUGUCUCCUGCUGGCCACCCCCGCGGACUCCCCCCGCAGGCCUCACCUGUACCUGGCGCACGUGCUGGCGGUGUGCCUGGCGUACGCCAACAGCUGCCUCAACCCGCUGCUGUACGUCUGCCUGGGCCGCGGCUUCAAGGACAGCAUGAGCCGCUCCCUGCGCAACGUGCUGCACUUCAUCAGCGAGGAGCCCGGCGCGAGGACCACCGUCACGCACACGCACACGCACACCGACACCAAGAGCACCACCAGCAACGGGAGGGAGAUGAGCAAAAUGUGACCCCGAUGGAACUGUGCGCGCGCUUGCUUUAAAACAGACUGGAUCGAUCUCACAUCAGAUCAGUCGGAGGUUCAGUAGAAAUCAUUCAGAGGAUCAUUUCUGCUGCCUUCCGAGCUUUGGCCUGUCAGACUAGACUCAGAGGUCCUCAAAAUGUGGC